AUGUCGUCCUUCAGCAACACAGAUACCGGCUCCAAGCCCGCCGACCCCUACAAGGCCGCCAACAAGGACGAGCCUGCCGUCGAGGAGAAGUUCCAGGCUUUGGACAAGUUCACAAACUCAUGCAAAUUCGGCAUGAUGACCACCAGAGACGACAGCUCAGGAAAGCUGGUGUCCAGAUGUAUGGCAGUGGCAGCCAAGGAGCAUGGUGGUACCGAUCUGCUCUUCUUCACCAACACAGAGUCCAACAAGACGGACGAGAUCAAGAGUGAUCCGCACGCCAACAUUUCUUUCCUGGACAGCUCCGGCCAGUGGGCUUCCAUUGCAGGCACAACCAGCAUCGAGACAGACCGUAGCGUUGUCAAGAAGCACUACAGCCCCAGCUUGAAGGCAUGGCUCGGUGACUUGGGAGAUGGAACCCACGACGGGUCUGAGAAUGACCCCAGAAUCGGAGUCAUUCGUAUCAAGAUGGAUACUGCGACCUACGCCAUCACAGACAAGACGAUUAUUGGCCGCGUUGCAGAGAUUGCCAAGGGAACGGUGACCGGCGAGGCCGCAUAUGUGAACAAGCUGCGCGAAAUCACCUCUUCCGAAGUUCAGCAGUGGCGUGGAAAGCACUGA